AUGCUAGUGAUGUGGACGUGACGUACAGCUCCGUGAUUCCCAUAAAGCAACAGAAUCUCACACACGGACAUGGCUGUUCACCUCAGCUUCCUUCUCAUUUUGACUGGACUUACAGGAAGUCACGGCAUAACUACCGUCAGUAAAGUGUCAGUGAGAGCUGGAGGUUCGAUCACUGUCCCAUGUCUCUACGAGUCACAAUACAUAAACCAUGUGAAAUACUUGUGUAAAGGAUCUAUUUGGAACUUCUGCUCUGACGCGAUUAAAACAAACCAACACAAUACAGGGAAGUUUUCCAUCUCUGAUGACAAACAACGAAAAAUCUUCACUGUGACUAUAAAUGACCUGACUGAUAAGGACACUGAAUAUUACUGGUGUGCUGUGGAGAUUAAAGAUGGAACAGAUCUCAAAGAGUAUUUCCACCUGUCAGUCACUGGAGGUUCACCCAGUCUCUACGUGGCUCAGCAAGAGAUUACAGGAUUUAAAGGAGAUAACAUAAACAUCAAGUAUCACUGUCAAAACUCUGGAGAAAGGAAGUGGUGCAGGCUCGGCGGCUCCUGUGUGACACGGUCUGGAUCAAUAGAUGGAGCAAGAGUCGAGAUCAGUGCAAGCAACUCUGGUGUUCUCACUGUGACUCUGAGCGGACUGAGGACAGAGAGCAGCGGCUGGUAUUGGUGCGUUAAAGGAGACUUACAGAUGCCAGUGCACAUAACUGUUACUGAGAAACCUAGAACUAUUGCGGCAACAAGCCAAAUAACCACCUUGACACCCACCUCCAAACCUGUGAAUCACACCUCUAGUACUGCAGAACAAAGACUUUCCACUGUUGAGGUUGAGCAGCAAAGUGUUUCAGUAAACUUGAUAGUCUUUAUCAUCCCGUUGGGCUCGCUGAUCUUCAUUGUAACGGUUGCCUCGUUCAUCUGCUUAAUGUUCAAAAGACACAAGCAGACCACAGGAGAUUCACCGGCCACAAUAAUGGGUAAAGAGGAAGUAACAUACAGUACUGUUAAGCAAAGGAGAAAGACUUCAGGCCAGCUUCAUCGCGCUGAAGAGGAAGUAACAUACAGCGAUGUUAAACAAAGAAAACCUACAGACAAGUGGACGGAUGCUAAUAGAGAUGUGGAUGAGAUGUACUCUGAUGUGAUGUACUCAUCUGUGGUUACUAUAGACUAGAGCAUCAAACUGGACAAAAGAUUCAAGCGGAAGAACAUGAUGUAAUAUACAGCAGGUUGGCUUAGCACCAGAAAAACCUGUGAAUGUUACCCCUACCCUACAUCUAUACCCAUCACUGGAGUCUUUUUUUAGACAAUUUGCAACUUGCUGUCAUUUGUUUUUUCUUUCUUUUUGAAGGUAUUCUUUUCCACACUGCUGCAAAACAUUUCAAACAAGUACUGACACGGGCGUAGUUUCCCAUAAGCAUCUUAAAGUCAACAAGCUAACAAAACCCAUCUUAUGAACCUUCUUAAGCUCAAUAUGGGGUUUCCCAAAUGCAUUGACAAAAGUUUAAAAAUCUUAAAAAUGACCAAAAGUCAGAAGUUGAAGGAAGAACCAAAACAUUUUAUAUCUAAAUAUAUACUUUUAUCGUGAUGUUUGUUGUCUGAUUUUUUUAUGUAAAAUGAAUAAUUCUAUGUAAAUUGCAAAAAAGUAAUAACAACUGUUCAAACACAAUAAAUCACUAAUGGAUCGGCCUGUUUCUGUUGUCAGAAACAGGCCAUACUGUAAGGUGCGUGCUUUACACACACUUAAAAAAAAAAGUUUGCAUUUAUUUCCAAUGCAUUGUUUUAAGAAAUGAACAUGUUUCAGUCCUUAAUCCUAAAGUGCUGGUCUUCUGUUAAAAAUAUGUGUAUCCACCGGACCUUACCCUAAAUUAUACAGUAAAGUAUAUCGUAACUCAGCACAAAUCAAAUUGUAUUGUAGCUAAGGACCGACAAAACAUUUAAAUCUGUUAAUCUCGUUAUCUCUCUGUUAGCAGACAGCUUUUUUUGGUCGUGCUGUAACUUCUUUCUUCUCCUUUUUCAUCUGCAGUCAUCUCGUCUUUUUUUUAACCCUGUGCUGCAUACAUAAACAACAACAUUGAUAACUUUUAUGUUUUUCAACUGUAUUACUUACAUGUUAUUCUCACUUUAAUUAAUUAGUUCUUAAUUCCAUCUUUAAGAUGAUCAGAAACUCAUAUUUAACCUUAAUUAGUUUGAUAUGCUAACACUUGUUAUACUUUAAAAUGUCAUAUAUAAAUAUAUGACAUGUUCUGGAAGGACAAUAAAUGAUGACAGUUGACUUUACUGUACAGUACAAUCACUUUUAUUUAGCUUUUCGAGGAACACAAUUGUAUAAUGUAACUGAAAACAGCCAAAUGUAUCGGUCUCAUCUGUGGUUACUCAAACAGGGUUUGUGUUACUCCAUCAGACAUCCUCUUUGUUAAACCAUAAGGCUAUACAACCACAGAUAUGUAAAGAGUAAACAGGGUGAUUGUGUGAAGUUGUUUAAGGGAACUGGUUAGCUUGGUGUCACACAUAUAUAACUUGAAAAGGACUUGUACUUUAUCUGUUUUUCAGGCUUACUGCCCAUAAAAAGUACCCAUAAUAAAUAUUGUUUGUCUCUGUAUCUUUGGAAAUUCCUAUUAUCUAUGUCUGAUUUCAAUUGUUAAAAUGACAGGUACAUGAUAUUUCCGACUCACAUGGGUUAAACAAAUGUUUUUAAUGUUUUUAAUCAUUUCAUGUUAUUACUGUCAUGCUUUAAAUAAAUUAACACAAUUCAGUCCAUAAA